AUGGCCGUCGAGAAUCAGAAGAAGACCUUCGGCAAGUCGACUCGGGAGGUCCCCGCUGCUGGGCAGAAGGCUCAGAAGUGGUACCCUGCCGAGGACGAUGCCCAGCCUAAGAAGGUCCGCAAGACGGUCCGUCCCUGGGCCCCCCGCCAGACCCUCCAGCCCGGCACUGUCCUGAUCCUGCUCGCUGGUCGCUUCCGCGGUAAGCGUGUCGUCCUCCUCAAGACGCUUGAUCAGGGUGUUCUCCUCGUCACCGGUCCCUUCAAGAUCAACGGCGUCCCUCUGCGUCGGGUUAACUCCCGCUACGUCAUCGCCACCUCCAUGAAGGUCGACGUCAACGGUCUCGACUCCAAGAAGAUUGACGAGAUCUCCCAACCAAAGUACUUCACCGCCGAGAAGGCCAAGGAGAAGGCUGGUGAGGAGGCUUUCUUCAAGCAGGGCGAGGAGCCCAAGAAGAAGGAGGUUAACAGCUCCCGCGCGGCGGACCAGAAGGCCAUCGACAAGCCUCUGCUCAGCAACAUCAAGAAGGUCCAGUUCCUCUCCAGCUACCUCGGCAGCAGCUUCAGCCUGCGAAAGGGCGACAAGCCCCACGAGAUGAAGUGGUAG